ACGUGACACUUCCUUGCCAUGUCAUCCCUCCCUGCACUCUGCAACAUCUGCUGCAUCUGCCUGGAGCAUUUACUGGGAGGGAGAGACACAGGUGAAAAAGUGAGAGAAAAAGAAGAAAAAAGAAUACAGGUGGCAGGAGGAAGAGGAGAAGAGGACAGUAAAGGAGGGAAUCAUGCACAGACUGUACAUCAAGGAGGAAGAAGAAGAGGGAGUGAAGAUGUAACAAAUGGUAGAACCCAGCUACUUGCUACACAAGCCCAAAUACCCUCCACCCUUACACAGGUCUACCUCACUGUUAUUGGUGCAUUCCUGAGCCGUGACCCUGACAAAAGAGGAAGCAAUGACAUGCCAAAGACACCGCCACAGAGUACUGUGUAUAUGCUGAGUCAGUAUCGAUCUGAGCUGUGUGAGCUGAGUCAGCUGGCCUGGAAAGGCUUAGAGGAAAGCAGGAUCCUCUUCAUGGAAGAAGACAUUCCUCAGGAUGUUUUGAAGUUUUCAAUCAGGACGGGACUCCUCUCACAGAUGGAGAUCAGACGUGAGGACGGGACACCUGUCAACUCCUACUGCUUCAUUCAUCUGACGAUACAGGAGUUUUUGCUUGCGCUCAGGAUUAUGACCAGUCAGGAUGUUAGUGACACUCAGCUCAGGAAGAGAUUCAGUCUGAAAACUCGCUGGAUGACCAAGUCAGAACAGAGGACAGUUUUUACUGACUCCCUGUAUCUGUAUGUAUGUGGCCUGGCUUCCCCACAAUGCACUCCAGCCUUAGUUCAAUUAGCCAGGACGUCUGGUGGAACAGGAGGACAAAAUUGGGUCCAAAAACGACAAGCCCUCGUUCUGAAACUGCUAAAAAAAACCUGUGUCACAGCAACACUGACUGGACCAAAGGUAGAACAUGAGCUGAAGUGA